AUGGCAACUGACACCAAACUCCCACUUUCCUGUCCAGAGGACAGUGCAAGCCCUUCUAUUAGGAACUUCCAAGGGGAUAAACAGGGGGAAAUACCUUGCAACUUAUCACGCAUGCGCAUUCUCCUCUCGCUGAUUUGCGUGAGCCUGCACUUUCUACCUUUCGCUCACAAGCCUCUUAGCAACGGUCACCUUGGAGACCGGGAAGACGCCUUCCUGGCCCAGCGGAUUGGCUACACCGGCCUAGCUGCCGCGUACAGUGGCUGGAAAAUCGCUAGAGGGUCAGACCUUGGCAGUCGCUGCUAGAGAAUAGGCUGUUUCAGAAACUCAGGUCGGAGAGAGCUGGUGGUGACUCGAGACUCCGAAGAGAUGACCAGCCUUAAGUCCAGCCAGUACCUGGGAGUGAAGGUGCAGUCGGAGCUUGAACAGCCCUCUGAACUGCGGCGGGAACUGGAGAAGGAUCUCAGUUCAGCGGAUGGAUCGGCCAUGAUGGGAACAGGUGUGCGGACCGAUUCAGCUACACUGGGCUCGGCCUCUAUGGAAGCAGAAGAUGGAGCCAACUUGUUCCCGCCGCCACUGCCCCAGCCCCGGAUCUGCAUGUGGAAAUUCCUGGACAUCCAUUCCAUGCACCGGCUGGAGAAGACUGCCAACAUUGAGGAGAUGAGGGAAGUUCUGGCUGAGCUGUUGAAGAUUGGCUGUCCUGAGCAGAACCUGCAGGAUGCCAUCACCCUGGACCUUUACUCCCACGCGCUCAUCUUCUGCCGCCAGCAGGGCUUCUCACUGGAGCAGACAUCAGUGGCAUGUGCCCUGCUCCAAGAUCUUCACAAGGCCUGUGCUGCAACACCCUUGGGCAACGUGGAGGAAUGCUACCGCUACUUUACCAGUGUUCUUUUCUGCCAUGGAGUCAGGCGGCCCCCAUUCAGCAUUGACCUCUUUAAGGAGGAACAGCUGCUGGCCCUGGCAGACUACGUGGUCAACACCUACUUCCGCCACUUCAAACUCUACAAAUAUGUGUUCACACCCCAGGUACGGCUGGAUCUAUCUUUGACUUACAUGGGGCUACAGCCACCCAAGCCUUGGCCAAAGGAGAAAGAAGGUGAGAAGGCAGAGGAGCAGGCACUCACCCCACAGGAGGAAGAACUGGAGAUAGUGGCCCAGCCAGAGCAAGAGCCAUCCCAAGUCUGUGUCCUCCGAACCUACAUCAAGACCCAACUUAAUAAGGAGCUGGGGCAGCUCCAGCAGCUGGUGGAAGAGCGCCUCAAGGCCAGUGAGGAGAGGCUGAGCACCAAGUUGAGUGCUCUAGAGCGGCCUCACCAGCUACCUCCAAGCAAAAACAAGAACAAGACUAAGUGAUCCCCAACAUUUUCCCCAAUAAAAGCCUGGGCCAGAGUGCCCCGACCUGG